UCUCACUGCCAUGUUAACAUUGCUUACACUGGGAGUACUGUUUCCAAAAAUAGUGGCCAGAGGACAAGAUGAAAAUCUUCACAAUGGCAGCAACAUUUUGCAAGAGCCAAUGUAUUCUUAUGAAAACAUGUUGCCAGAAGAACAUAUCCCUUAUUUUUUACACAAUAAUCCGGGCAUUGCUGCUGCCUGCAGGCAAGAUCCUCUUUGCCCAUAUAAAAAACAUUUGAAGACAUUGAAAGCUUGUUGGGGUUAUGAGAGAUCAUGCAAGCCAGAAAACAGGUUUGGAUAUCCAACAUGUGAUUAUGCUGAAAUUGGGUGGGCUAAUACCAUUGAGCAGGCCCAGGAUAUUUUCUGGAAGCAAGCUGAUUUUGGUUAUGUUAAAGAAAGGAUGAAAGAUGUGAAGACCCACUGCAAGCCUAAGACUGUGGGAGAUUCUUCACUUGAAUGUUCUCGUUACCUUCAGUAUUGCAAAGCAACAAAUUUAUAUAUUGAUUUAAGGCAUCCAAAGAGAAACCAUGAUAGAUUUAAUGAAGAUUUCUUCAGGAAAGGUCAAAUAGGAGGCCACUGCAAUAUGAAUACUGAAGCUUUCCUUGCUGAAGGACAACAAAAAAGCCCUUUACAAUCUUGGUUUGCUGAGCUCCAGACAUAUACAGAAAUGAACUCUAGACCAUUGGAAGAUGGCAGCUGUGAUAUCAUUAUUGAGAAACCAACUUAUUUCAUGAAGCUUGAUGCAGGUGUCAAUAUGUACCAUCAUUUUUGUGACUUUGUGAAUCUUUACAUUACUCAGCAUGUUACCAACACCUUCAGCACUGAUAUCAACAUUGUUAUGUGGGAUACUAGUGCAUAUGGAUAUGGAGAUUUGUUCAGUGAAACAUGGAAGGCAUUUACGGAUUAUGAAAUAAUACAUUUGAAAUCAUAUGAUUCAAAAAGAGUCUGCUUCAGAGAAGCAGUUUUUACACUAUUGCCUCGAAUGAGGUUUGGCUUAUUUUAUAAUACACCAUUGAUCUCCGGCUGUCAUGGGACAGGAUUAUUCAGAGCCUUUUCCCAGCACGUGUUGCACAGAUUAAAUAUCACUCAAGACAGGCCUAAGGAUGGGAAAAUCAGAGUUACAAUUCUUGCCCGCAGUACAGAGUAUAGAAAGAUACUAAACCAAAAAGAGCUCGCCAACGCUUUGAAAACGCUGCCUUUAUUUGAUGUCCAAAUAGUGAAUUACAAAUACAAGGAGCUCGAAUUUAAGGAGCAGCUGAAGAUAACCCACAAUUCUGAAAUAUUCAUUGGGAUGCAUGGAGCAGGGCUUACCCAUCUUCUGUUUCUGCCAGAUUGGGCUGUCAUCUUUGAACUGUACAACUGCAAGGAUGAACGUUGCUACCUAGAUCUAGCAAGGCUGAGAGGUAUCUAUUACAUCACCUGGCAGCAGAAGGAUAAAGUGUUCCCCCAGGAUGAGGGGCAUCACCCAACGUUAGGAAAACAUCCAAAGUUUACAAAUUAUGCCUUUGAUGUGGAAGAAUUUGUCCGUCUCGUUCUCUUGGCAGCUGAUCAUGUGUCACAACACUCCAGAUGGCCAUUUAGGAGAAAACAUGAUGAAUUUUAGGUCAAAUAAUUGGCCUUUGCAGAGUUUUUUAAAUACUGAAGUGUUCAAAAUGUCAGCCCUUUUGAAGUAGAAUCAUGAAUUAUGAACUUGUUUCAGGAAGGGAGAAGUGAAAAAGGUUAAAUGGGCAGGAGUCAUAUAUAAUGUCUCCCUCCAAGCAUGUUAUUUCUCGAUUAUUACUUUCUUACUGACAAUUCCUGUCCUAAUUUACUUGAGGAAUUUGCAUUAUGCAUGAUGUAUUUAUUAAGGUGACCGUGUUUGCACUAUAAUCUUCCUAUUUAUUUUAGGGUUGUCAGCCUCAUUGCUUCAAAGCAGUGGAGUGAAAGAUAAGCACACUGGACCUUUCUCCUUCCUUUUGUGACAUGUAGCAAGAAGUUUGCAGCCUUGUAACCUACUUACC